GUGUGCACCAAGUGAUUUCUGGUAGUAGUAGGCUAGAGAACCGUUGGAUACAAGAACAGUGACUUCAGUGAACAUGAUGCGUGCGUAUGUGAUGCUGUUCGUGGUGAUUGCGAUUGUGUCCACCGCCGCGGCCACCUUCGGAUACGGCCUUUUGGGAGGAGGAGGAUACGGUUACGGAGGCAACGGUUAUCCAUGGUAUAAUGGUGGUUACGGAGGACAUGUCGGGUAUGGAGGCUACGGGGGCUACGGAGGCUACGGAGGAUAUGGAGGCUAUGGAGGUUAUCAGCCAUAUGGCUAUGGAUACGGCUAUCCAAGCAAAUAUGGCGGCUACGGAGGAUAUGGCGGAUACGGAGGCUAUGGGUCAGGCUACGGUGGAUACGGGGGUGGUUACGGUGGAGGGUAUGGAGGUUACGGGGGGCUUAGGCCGUACUUCCGCUAA